AUGGCUGCCUAUAAGGGGGUUGAGCACAUGGCUGUAUGUCUUUGAAUAGUCAGAGGAAGCUUGAGCAUUCGUGUACGAUCUGCCAUCAGGUGAACAGCGAGACAGAGUGACAAUGAACAACAAUGUGGAAGCAGAACAAAUAUGGCUCACACACGCUGGCUGAUGUAAUAGGACAGACUCUUUUCAGAAUGCUUGAGUAAAAUCUCCAGUGACUUGGCAGUUCCUAUAUAAGAUGAUCUGCACUGUCCAUCAGAUAAUCCAAAGCCAAAAUCAUUCUUACCAUUAUGUCUCUGUUGACACAUAUGUUAGCUUGCCUCUUUGGCAUUGGUUCAUGGGUGGCCAUCAAUGGAAUGUGGGUGGAGCUUCCACUGAUUGUCCAUGAGAUCCCUGAGAGGUGGUGCCUGCCCUCCUACUUGACUAUCAUCAUCCAGUUGGCCAACAUUGGCCCACUCUUCAUCACACUAAUGCACUGCUUUAAGCCAAGAGUGCUGGAUGAGCGACCCAUCAUCUACACCAUCAUAGUGCUAGGAAUGCUGGCCACCUUCCUACUAGCCUACCUCUGGAAGCACACGCUAGUGGUGGGAGGCGCUGAACACAGCCUAGCCCUGCUCUCUCUCACUUUCCUGCUGUCAGUGGUUGACUGCACCUCUUCAGUCACCUUUCUGCCUUUUAUGAUGAGACUCCAGCCUCAAUAUCUCACCACCUACUUUACUGGGGAAGGCCUGAGUGGCCUGAUCCCGGCACUUGUAGCUCUUAUCCAGGGUGUGGGAGUGGUUCACUGCAAGAACAGUACAGGUAUGGCAAAUUUUAGCAUGGAGAACUCCACCUGGGGGUCCAGUGGUGAGUUGCAAGCACACUACCAGCCAGCCAACUUCUCCACCCAGGUCUUCUUCCUGUUCCUCAGUGUCAUGAUGACAGUGUGUCUGGGUGCUUUUCUAAUGCUCAACCACCAUCCAGCCAUGAAGCAGGAACGCAAGUGUAAGCGCUCUCUUGGUGAUGCAGAGCACGAAGUGAAAGUUGGCAUUAACCUGUCUGUAAAGAGCUCUGCUCCAGAGCAGAAACCUAUGUUGGAUCCUGUGGAUGAUGGAAUGAAGGAGCCCUGCAGCAGUUUUGGGAAAGGCACCUACAGCAGAGCAGAAGUGGUCUUCAUCUUUCUGGUCCUGGGCUGGGUCAGUGCAUUAACCAAUGCAGUCCUCCCUUCAGUGCAGUCCUACUCCUGUCUGCCAUAUGGAAAUCAGGCAUAUCACCUGGCAACAACCAUGGCUGCUGUGGCCAACCCUGUGGCUUGCUUCAUUGCCAUGUUUGUGCCAGUGAGGUCUCUGUUUUUCAUGGGGGUGCUCACAGCAACCGGUACAGGUUUUGGAGCGUUCAUCAUGGGCAUGGCAACACUGAGUCCCUGCCCUCUAUUGGUCUAUCACGAUUUAGGAGCUGCACUUACGGUCAUAAAUUGGGUGAUGUUUGUCCUCACUCUGUCCUAUGUGAAGGUGAUCAUUGGCGUGAUCCUGAGAGAUGAAGGACGCAGCGCCCUCGUGUGGUGUGGAGCUGUAGUACAACUUGGCUCCAUGAUAGGCGCCAUGAUAAUGUUUCCAUUAGUUAGUGUUUACGAACUCUUUAAAUCAGGCGAUCCCUGCAACACCAAAUGCCCUAAAUGAUAUAAAACAAUUAAGUCAUAAUAAAACAGUUGAUAAAUGUGUUACAGUUAA